UUUUUCCCUAGCACAGAAACGCAGCGCUGCGUUCUGUGUUCAAACGUCAGUUCAAUACAAGUCGCUGUUCGGCCGCAUCUUACACAAAAUCUUUUCAGUUUUUCCCUAAAUUUCUAAAACAAAAGUAAUGUAACAAAGUCGCCAAUCCAAAAAAAAAUACAAGAAGCCAUAUUUGAAGAAAAAAGCGGAAAAUUCGAAUUCUCGAUCUGAUUAUAACAAAAAAAAGUUUAAAAAACAAAAACAAAAAUUUCUUUGAGUGAGUGUCAUAUUUCAUUACCAACAACCAUCUCUACGCAACUGAAACGUCAUCAACAACAGCUCGAAACGUCAUCGCUAACGUCUCAUCGCUUUCCUUUCGUCAACUUUUUUUUUCCCCAAAACACAAACCGCACGGAAAAGUGGGAGGAGUAGAACCAAUCAAUCUCCUCCGGCGCUCGGUUCAAGCAAAACAACAGCGUAAAAUAGUGCGUGUGACUGACAUACGAAGGCAGUGUUAAAGUGAUCGAUAACAAGUAAGAAAAUUACAACAUCAAAGUGCAGGUGAAGAGCAAUGUUGUCGCCUACUAUUGCUAAGUCGCAGCAGAACUCCGCCUACUACGUCAACAACCGGAACAACAACAACAACAAGAACAACAGCUGCGACGAACGCCGACGAUGGGAUUAUUACAACAGCCAAUAAUGGUGAACACUCCUCCUUGAAGCUCCUCAGAUUUGAGUUUUUUUUUUUCAUUUCCGGCUAGGAAGAAAAACGUCAUUUUUCGGCAAAACAGCAGAAAAACAAACAAACAAACACAAGAAUCAAGCAAGUGCGUCGGAUUUCCGAGUUUCGAGCAGUUGAAACUCAAACCAAGCGAAAAAAAAAAGUUCGAGGUGUGUGAAAUGAUGGGACAAGAUCGGCAGCAGUGACUUUCUCGCCGGCUUUUCGUUCGCAUUUUCGGGAUCCGGAAUUUCUUCGGGUGCGUGUGUGAAAAAUUUCCUCGGGUGCGUGUGCGGUUUGGCGGUGAUCGUCGGUAUUCGUCGUCGUCGUCGCGAGUGCGCGGGAGUGUGUUUGUGUGUGCGUGCGUUCGUUCGUUCGUUCGGUGAUCGAUAAAUUGCAAGAUCGGAUCAGCUUCCAGAUCAGGCAAAAGAGCAAGAGAUAGAGAGAGAACAUAGCGACUAAUUGAUAUAGGAGGUGAAAACAUACCAAGAAGAAGAAGCAAAUUAGAAGAUAAACAAACAGAAGGCUGGGAAGAAGGCAGCGAGAAGUUAUCGUCUGUGCGUGGGUGUUUGUGAUCGCUGUGAUAUCAAGCCACUACUGUCAUUGAUUGCACUACUGCUGCCGCUGCCAGCUCUAAGCCGGGACGACGGUGUUCGUUCUGGACGGCUUACCCGCAAGCAAUAUCCAAACGAACACUCCCCGAACCUUUAUGGAGUGCUGGACGGGUGACGCCCGCUUGGCGAGAUUUUGCGAUUAAGGUAUGGAUCACGAAGCCCCGAAUAGAAGAUCAAUAAUUCACUUCCUCUUCGCAUGCUACUAUUAGAAAAGGUAAUAUCCGUCAUUGACACUGAGAGAAAUUAUUUCCUUAAAUUGGUUAUUGAUGCACUUCAAAAUAACACAAACAAUAAUAGCUUCCGACGAUAUGUUUGCCUAGCAAAUCAUUGCAUGAAAAGUGGCAAUAGAAGAACAUUCGUCAUACUGAAGCUCGUACACACAUUCAACGUAUGAUUCUAGUUUAAAUUUGCCGUCAGUUCAUCAACUCUUUACGUCCUUAAGUAGUACAGUUAUACAAUUGAACUGAACUUGAAUGCAUCUAUUUCAAGGUUAAACUACGCGCACCCAAACAGAAAACGGUUCGGGAAGGGGAGGCGGCACUUACGUAGUUCAGUUCACACUCAGGACGCGUCUCUAAAUUUGGCCAUCCGAGCUAUAGGCAAAACCUUUGAACGAACCGCUGUUGCUGCUGCGCGGGAACACCCGCGGGUCAUCAACACCCUUCUGGCAACGAUCCCUUUCUUUUGUACGCCGCAUUUACUUUCGUUACACAGUCAAAUUGGCGCGCUGCAAUCGAACGAAAGCGAAACCCACAUACACACACAAACACAUGCACGACAUUCGCGACAAUCAAAACAAAAAAACGUUGACAUCUCCGAUAGUCAUCGAUCGGGAAUCGAUCCGUACGUACGCGCGCGGUCAGUUUUUCCUGCGUAAAAGUGUUUAAAAAUUAAUAGAAGUAUAUCUGCCCCAGUUUGUCCGACGAGGGGGCCACCAGAGGCCAUCAUCAGCACUGCCGGUGGUGCAUCGGAAAUUAGUGCAAGUGCGUGCAAGUGGUGAGGGUUUUUCCCUGGAAGUGGAAAGGAACUGAAAUAUUAACAACUGUGGGAAGGUGGACGAAUGCCAGUAGGGAUGUUCCGAUUCGUUUGAAGCUGUUUGACAUUUCCCGGGAGUGAUCACUGCGGUGCGGUUUGUAGGUUAUGUCGGAUGAAGAACAAAGUCAAUGUUCAAUUUCUCGUGGAUGAAAACAGCCUACCGCCCUCCGUUUGCUGAACUUAUCCGUUACUUACCAACUGACGGCGACGACGGGCUGCGGUUUAGGAACAUUUACGCCAAAGUUAAUUGAAGCAGCGAACCAUGCCACCGGGUUCAAACGAAAAACCUGUCUAGGUAGACCCCCCCCUCCGCAUCCACCGCUGUGUACAUGUGUAUGAAAUUAAAGUCGGUGCAUUAAUAAUUGAAGUUGGUGCGGGCGUGAGUCGGGCCGCUGCGAUAGUUUUUCCGCUUCUUAUCCGUUUCACUUUUAAUUAAACCACCCACGCCAAUCGAGCGACCAACUAACCAACCGGACCCACCCACCCACGCAUCGCAGUACGGGGACGGGAAUCGACAAUCUCCUCCUGUGCGGACAGUUGACGACGCCGACGACGCUUCCGGAGAAGCCACCGCGUUUGCCGGAGAAGUCAGCCAGCCAGCAGCGUAAGCUGUCACCGACAUGGGCAGUGAGCAUUACUGCUUGAGGUGGCACAAUCAUCAAUCCAACCUGUUAGGGGUGUUUAGCCAAUUGCUGCAGGACGAGAGUCUGGUGGACGUAACACUAGCUUGCUCAGAGGGCGCCUCCAUCAGAGCCCACAAGGUUGUUCUCUCGGCCUGUUCCUCGUACUUCCAGACGCUGUUUCUCGACCAUCCCACCCAGCACCCAAUCGUGAUCCUGAAGGACGUCCCGUUCGCCGAGCUCCGCACGCUGGUCGACUUCAUGUACAAGGGCGAGGUGAAUGUCGAGUACUGCCAGCUGUCGGCGCUGCUCAAGACGGCCGAGUCGCUAAAGGUCAAAGGUCUGGCAGAGAUGACCAACCAGAACACCGCCCUGGCCGAACCGAAACGCGAACCGGAACGUCUAAGGCCACAGAGUCACAGUAGUGCCGCCGCCGCAACUGCCACCAGUCUGACAUCGGCUUCAUCUCCGGUAUCGUCGGCACCGACGGCAGCGACCAACACCGGAGGUAACAGUGCAGCGGCCGUUUCCCCACACAACCAUCACCAUCAGCUCCACCCGCACCAUCCCGCCCUCGGUUCACCGACGAGCAAUGCUGCAGCGGUGGCCGCAGCGGCCGCCUCCCUUGGCAUCACCGACCUGUCGACGAUAGGGAAAUCCCGCGGACUGGAUCCGGACGGGAGAAGCCCUUCGCCGUCGCGGCUGGACCGGUCAUCAUCACCACCCCGUACCCCUCUAGCGCUGUAUACACCCCUUAGAAAAAAUCGUGAUCAUACUCAUAGCGGUUCGGUAUCCUCAUCGGCAACUACUACCAUCACAACGGCAGCUGCGGAGCGUUCCUCGGAAGAACGGGAACUGUCGGACCACCACCACCUGCAUCAGCAGCAACAACACCUGCGACCUCGCUCGAACAGCGGCAAUGCCUUCAGCAGUAGUUUCAACAGUACUUCCGAAGGGUUAAGUAACAACAACAACAACAACAACAAUGCUGGAAGCGGGAACGAUGACGAUGACGACGAAGAUAACGAAGAAAACGGAAGUAUGCUGGCGCACGAACCGGGAACUACGAACAGCGAGCAGGAUCAGAUGAUGCAGCACUGCCACCAACGGUCUAGUGUGGAUGACGACGGACGACGCAGCAGUUCUAUGGCUACCAACAUCAACAACAAUAACAACAACAAUUCGGAUGAUGAGUACGAACCGCCGAUCAAGAUCAAGAGUGAAGUCGAAUUUUCCCCCCUCUCAGGGCUGAACAUGACGAUCAACUCGCCUGCGUGCCUAGCAAACUCGACGACCAGCGGGCUGGUAGUAAACUCCUCGAUCGGUGAGCUGAGGCCCUCGUCGCGCGACAGCGGUCGAGGCGGCGGGACGCCGGUGGCGUGCAGCUCGACGACUACAGCGCUCAACAGUGCUGCUGGCGGUGGUGCUAUGAUGGGUGGGAACGGAAGUGCGCUUGGUGGAGGACUGGACCGAAGCUCGCCCCGCUCGCAGCGGGAUCGAAGCGAACGGAGUACAUUCGGCAGCGGUGGGAUACCGAGUCCGCUGUCCGAACCGAUCGCCGGACCAUCCGGGAUGGGACCGGUGCAGCAGGUUCCACUGUCCUUGAAAAAGGAAAUCGACUGGGACCGAGGGGACGACAAGUCCUCCGGUGACAGUUCCCUGGACUUUCGGCACCCGCACGAUUCGAAUCACCUGAACCAUUUCUUUUCGGUGGCAGGAGGAAACUACUCCCGUGCAACCGGUAUCAAGUCGGCCCCGGCAUCGGCGGCGGCGGCAGCGGCAGCAGCAGCAGCAACACCGGCGACCAGUAUCAUCGGAUUUCCCGGAGCGGCGGUCGGUGCCAUCCCGUUCGUGUUUCCAUUUGCCCCGCUCGGGCUGGGCCUGUUCGAUACGGACCCGAAACGGAUUCUCAACCUACUGCACCACCAGUCGGCACUGGCCGAGGAAGCACUGAGAUAUCGCAACCUGCUGCUCGGAACCCAUGGCCCGGACCGUGAACCACUGAAUCUUCAAGCGGCCAUGGCGGCGGCGGCAGCGGCAGCAGCAUCAGCCACAUCCUCCAAAACCUCCAUCCACAGCAGCAAACAGGACGACGAACAACCCUCCACAUCACGCCGAUCGGAAAGCUCUUCCAGUGCCAGCACCGCUAGCACCACCAUCACAUCACCCCCACCGAAAAGUGACAUGAUCCGGGUACGGGAUGGACUCACCAAGGACGGUUUCCACAACGGCAUAGAGCUGUUGCUCCGCAAACCGUCGACGAUAGCGCUAGACGAAGGAGCGUGCAGUCCUGCGGAUCUCUCGCUGUACUCUUCGCUGAUGAAGGCUUCCAGUUCACCGGUCGCCGAACCGGUUGGCAACCCGGGAGGCGUCCAGGAUACCAAGUGCCACAUCUGCAUGGCAAACUUCCCUUCGGUUUGGCUGCUGGAGCAGCACUCAGCCCUGCAGCAUCCACAUCUGACGAUCCAUGACGAUAAACCGUAUCUGUGUGGACUAUGUGGACAGAAGAGUCGGUAUACGUGCUGCCGUUAUAGGACGGUGCUGUCGAAGCAUCGGGAACAGGGCAGCCGUAGUCGUGUGCCGGGCGAUAAGCUGUUCACGUGCGAUGUCUGCGGAAUGCAGUUCCGAUAUCUGAAGUCUUUCAAGAAGCAUCGGUUGAAUCAUGCAUUGGAGAGACUGCACGGGAAGAAGGACAAGGGAGGGGAAAGCGAACAGGUUUCCAGCACUAACGAAAGUGAUAGCGUAGAUUUGCGGGGCUUGAUUCGGGAUGAUGAGAACAUGAGUGAUAAUGACGAGCAAGAUGAUACGGUCGAUUCGAUGAAUGUGGCGACGGGUACGGAUGGUCCGAGGGAGUUUGUUGUCGAUGAAGGACAGGGAAAGAUUAGUAGCUCGAUGAUGGAACGUGCUGUAUCGGAGUUUGAGUUUAAGAAGUAUCAAUCCGCCCAUCGUAUGGAAGCCGAGUCCAGCAGUAGCAGCAAUAGCAUUCCGUCUACUUCGUCUUCGCUCAAUCAGACGUUGAACAGUCUAAUCAACGCUGAGUCCAUUCCACAUCACCAUUUGCUGGGUUUGAACCCGCAGGAGCAGUCCAUAUUGAAUUUCCUGCGCGUGGAUGCGGCUGAGAAGAACCGGGAUCGACGCUUUGCAUGUCCAUUCUGUGGAAAAUGCGUUCGCUCCAAGGAGAAUCUCAAGCUGCACGUUCGUAAGCAUACCGGCGAACGGCCGUUCGUUUGUCUGUUCUGUGGACGGGCGUUCGGAGGUAAGUCUGACCUGACCAGACAUCUGCGCAUCCACACCGGCGAGCGCCCGUAUCACUGCGAAGCGUGCGGCAAGUGCUUUGCCCGGGCAGACUACCUGUCCAAGCAUCUGACCACUCACGUGCACAACACCUCGCCCCGCUGAGAGGAGGGCCGGCGGAGGAGACGGAUGGUCCUCUGUCGGAAGUGAGAUACUUCGGGAAACGCAAGGCAGCGAACGGGAAUUGACGCGAUGAUCGAUGAUUUUGAAGAGAACUCUCAUCCACACUCACACUAACACAAGCACAUACACACACACACACACGAGUACAGUACAGAGUGUUUACAACUACAAAAGUGACAGCAAACAAAGCAAUAAUUCACCGAAAUGACUGCACACAAAGUAAGAAACAAAUGUAGAUUUUUAUCGAUGUCUUAUUUCACACACAACAAAAAAGAAAAACAAUGGAUAUAACCCUUUAACUUUAGUGAAUGCAAAGCAAAACCAAACACUGAAACAAGAAACUCAACGAAGCAAGUCAAGCAAGCAGCGGCAGCUGCGAAGAGAAAUAAGAAAACAACUUUACCUCAGUAAAACUAAAGAGAUAUGUAACGAAAACCACAGCGAUAGCAAACAAACUCACACUUACACAUUGAUGUAUUGAAGGAAUAAUGGAAAGAAAACAAUGGAAACAAAUUUUGGUUUCAUCUAAGCGUAAAUGCGUAACUUACUAAAAGAAAAACUGACACACUCACGCAAAACACACACAUACACACCCACAAGCAAGCAUAAGCAAAAACAAAAUACAUACUCACGCUCACGCAGUAGGCGACGGUGCCUACUCGGAUGUGACAUUUUCGUUCUGCAAGCAAAGCUGCAAAAUGAGAAAAAUAAGAAUCCGCAAUUACAAGUCUGUGAUUUUAUGUCAUUAACUAUUGCGAAUAUUUAGGAGCCAACAACAGACCCCCCAAAAACAUUCACACACACACACACACACUCACACGUACACCACUUUUGCGCGAAGAGACAACAAACCAGAGCCACUGAUGUUCAUUUUCUAUUGUUUUUCUGUUUUUCGUUCCAAAUAUUCCGCGUCAUGACCGGAGCGAUAUUAUCGUCGAUUGUUUUAGCGUUUUUUAGUGAAGCCGUUAUCGUAUUGUUAUGUUAUGGAUGAUUAAGGCAGACCGUAUCUUUUGUUUUUAAAGUUAGUUUCCGUUUUUAAUCGCCGAUAAGCGCUAAGUUUCGAACGGGCAAAUUAAGUUAAAAGUUUUUAUUGAGAAAAGAUUGUCUAAAAACUGAAAUCUAUAGUAUAUACACAAGAAAAUAUUUAAGCAAAGGUAUAGUAGCAAAAAACUGAAUGUGAUUGUUUUCUAUAUAUUCAACAGAUUUAAACUAUUUAUACUUAUACAACAAAGACAGAUGCAAUAGCGUUUUACAAUAGACUUUUACAGCCGUAAAUGAAUCAGGUUUUUAGUUAAUUUUUUUACUCUAUAUUUAUAAUAAAACAAGUUUUAAACAACAAUCAAAUAGUCGGGCGUUCGUCGAGUGGGCGGCGCCAGUUUGAAAAAGGUUUUCAAUUUUCCGAGCCCAACCCGGGUUGGGUGCAGCGAACUAAACAAAAACAAAAAAACAAAACAACCCACAACAACCACAUACAACGAAGCGCGCAAGCGGAAGAAAAAUAGUUUAUUGUUUCGUCUAAGGCAUUACUUUUGAAUACAUGUAGAAAACCGUGCGACAGAUGCAGACGGCAGCACACAAACACACUCAAACGACCGAAACAAUUUUAUAGACGUUUUCCUUCCUAGCAAACAAAGUAAACCCAUUUUAAAUAAUAAAGAAAAACAAUUUCACUGUGCCAAAUUAAAUGUACCUCAGUAAUAAACAAGAGAUAAAUAGUGUGUAGAGCAAAACUCACUACACUGUCACACAAUAAACACACACACUGCUACACAUACUGUCACACUAACACAUUCACAUACUCUCACACACACACACACACAUAAACACACGAAACUAAAGUUCAUCGGUUUGUUACUUAAAAUUAAAAAAAAAAGUAUAAAUGUCUACCAGAGCAAAAAAUGCAACUAUUCGAGCGAUGUAAACAUUCUAACUUGUCCUAAAUUUCACUUAAUUUGUGGUAAACCGUAAACGAAAACCAUGAAAAAAAUCAAUACAAAAAAUUCUCGGUGUGGUGAAACAAAACAAAAACUAAGCAUUUUAUCCAAUCUAGAUUCGUGAUCAUUCGUGGAAAAAAAAGUUGAAGAAAAAUUUAAGCAAAAACAAAAUAAGAAAAAAAAAACAAGUAUAUUUGGUGUCGUUUUUCUAACAAACAAAAACAAAAACAAACACACAACCGCAAACUCUACUCUACUCGACUGCUGCAUGACUCGCAAAAAAAAACAGCAGCACCCAGCAGCAAAGUGAUUGUGAGACAAGUAUAAAAACAAGAAAACCGAAUAAUAUCCAGUGAAUGUGUGUGUAAUUACAUGAAGCCACAAAAAAAAAAAACAUUUACAAAUAAGGUGUCGUUUGUAUUUAAGGAAACUGACAGCUAAAGAAGAAAUAGUUUUUUUUUUGUUUUCCAUUCUAGCAAUUGAAUUGCGGAACGCAUUGUGUUCAAUUUAGUUUUCAACAAGAACAGUAUUUUUGGGGUUUCCAUUGUUUAGUCGGUAGAAAAUUGGUUUCCGGAAACACGCACAAUUUAUAACGGUACAUACAUUCGGAGAUUGGUUUCCGUUGCGACAGUUUGUAGGCAAAGGGCAUUUCCGUUUACAGUGAAGAUUAGAUCAUCAAGGACUAUUGAAUUAGUGUGAACAUUUAUGAAUGGCUAUCGAAAAAGGAAGGCAAUCGAUGCUUACUCAUGUUUAUACCACGUUCGUACUGCGGAGUUCUAACAUGUUACAAGGCUAUCUUGAUGACAGAUUUCUCGUUGAUAAUUAUUAUAACACCCUUUGCAACAUGUUAUUACUCUGUAAUCUGCACAAGGCAUAAAGACCGGAAAGUUUUCGUGUUUUUUUUCAGUUACCGUGGGGACGUCAUUUGUGAUUAGCACCGGUCCCUUGUCUCAUUAUUUAUGAACGGUCCUCAAGGGGUAUUCAACUCUGCACACCUUAAUCACGGUAGUGCCGAAAGCUGUGCCAAGCGUUGUGCCGAUCAUUCCGAAGUAGGUCAAAGUGUAUCAAUCAAGGUGUCAAUAUUCUAUGAUUUUGGCAACCCUGAAGUUAGACUUUUGUGAUUGUGUUUACAUUUUCAAUUUAUCUAAUUCAAAACCAUGGUUUAUAUUAAAUAUUAAGCUUGAUUCACAAUAUAAUGAGAGCGGAUUGGGCAGAGGAAGAGGAACUGGAAGCAAUACAACCUAUACGACCCGUCCACAAGAAAUGGACGGUGGACGAAAUUUUCACCAGCUGCCAGUACAAUGCUCCCCGACAAAAUCCAACCCAGAACUCGAACGGACGAAAGUUCACUCCCACCCUAGAAACAACAUCGUCGAAACAGUUCUGAUCGACUCAGAACUACGCAACCUCGAAGACAUCACCCAAGCCUAUCGUAUCGCAGAUUGUGAUGUCUCCUACCAUCACCCAAUUACACGCGUUCAAGCAUAUCAAGUUCGCAGAUGUGGAGGGCACAAGGUACCACCAAUCAAAACCAAUGGCCAAUGUACCAUUAGUGAAAACCAUCUAAUGUCCCCCCCACUUCAUCUGUCAUACAUCGGAAAAGGUGCACGAUCUAUAUAAACUUCGCAUCUGCAGUUCAACUGUACCCUGUGGUUCUUGUUGUUCAUCUGUAGGCCCAUGGGAUCUUCCCGAACAGCAAAUUACUUUGUGCCGUCAUGCGUCAUGCACUUUCAAGAUUGAGCAAGGCCUUAAAUUUGGUUGAUUGGCAGGCCACUCAUCGCACCGGAUCCUUUUGAGACAAACUAGUGCAACAGAAGAGUGCAGAUUGUCUCGUUGAUGAUGGGGUGUACUCACGGAAUAGAAUGUAAUUGCAUUUUUAAUUGCAUUGAUCUGUUCCUAUAAAUCCAAUACUGUUUCGCUAAGGCAACCGUCCAGACCUGAUGGAAUAUUUGGGAUUAAUACGUAACGACAUCCCCCAAUACGUACUGGGACUUGUAUGGACAUUCCUAUAAAGUCCUGUGGAUUUCCCAUCGCAGUCCAUACCAAUUGAAACCAAUGACUGGCAAGGAUACCUAAGGAAAAACGUAGGAGAAAACGAUUAAAUUUUCAUCCCGGAAGACCGGGAUUCAAACCUGGCCAAAAUACAAAACCCAACCCAAUCUUUCAAUGGUUAAGUCCUUUUUGUUAAGCCGUUAUGCUUGUCAUCAGAAAUGGUAGGCCCUUUGCUAAGUUUUACAACGUCAAAUUCAGAAUAAAUCAUCGACCCUGUCUCAAGAAGUAAGGCCUAACUUUGGUUAGAAAAAUUUCAAUCAUCGGUCCAUCUGUUGUUUCAAAGGAACUUCUGCGAAGUUUCGAAGGAUCUUCUGCGAAGUUUCGAAGG